GACGGCACUGAGGAGAGCUCAAGUGGUGGAAGCGAUGGCGGGGAUAGAGACUGAGGGUGUCGGGUCGUCCGGUUGGUGUGCGCGGAACAGUGACGAUUCGACUGGUUCAGUCGCUGGUUUGUGAAAUCGUUAUUACUCCGUCGAUGCGAGGAAACGCGCGUGCGUUUUGCCCUAACAGCAACGUUACAUAGUUACACGCGCUUUCGAAUGUCGCUCGAGAACGCAUUUAGGAGUUGUGGAAAGAUUCGCUUUUAUAACAACAGAUAAAUUAUUUCACAGCGUGUUUGAUGUCGCGACGCCGUUAUCGAACAACCUCCGAGCGCACAUGUAUCAUGGAUGUCAAGGAGUAGGCGUCGUCCGUGUUAAAUGCCAAAAUCAAAUAUAACAUGACAUCGAAUAUAACAUGAUCGGAACGACAGAACGUACUGAUAUCAUAGUGUAUAAGUUAACGGAAAAACGCGUUGUGGCAGCAGCAGCAGCAGUAGCUGAAGGAAAAGAAGAAGAAGAGGAAGAAGAAGAAGAAAGAAGGAAGAUUACGUUAUUCAGGUUGCACUAAAUAAUUGAUCCCCGACUGAUCUCCAAAGAAAAGCAAAAAUUGCUGAAAAGCCGUAGGUAUUGUUGAAUGAAUACGAGAACAAAUUGGAAAUGUUACCUUCGAACACGCUCGAGAUGGAAAUCGGGAGUUCAUCGCCUCCGAGGGGAUACGAAACGAGCAGUAAAAGCCUUCUCCUGGAGACGAUGCAUACCGGUGAGUUGCAUGCCGAAACAGCAGCUUGUCGUUUCUCAGAGACGGAGGUCGUUGCUCGAUGUCAGAAGGGAAGCAACGAAACGACUAAAACCGCUCCCGGGUCUGAGCGUUCAAAAAAGAUGAUCGAAUCAGCUGGCAGCAAGUCCGUGAACGAUCGACCGCGUCAGAGCUUCUCCAAGGUAUCCGCGUCCCUACAGAGCCUCGUUCGUCGAAAAAGCCGAAAAUACGGCGGAUCCUCGUUGCCCUUGGACGUAGAUCUUUCGACAAAUUCUGCACACCCAAGUUGCCUCCUUGAGCUACCUAGGGAAAAUGGUGUCGUCAGCAUUUACAAUAAAAACGAGGAGGAGACCACUUGUAUGAGCACGCGUACAUCGACGCUUAUUUACGCUUCCUCUGUGCAAUUAUACUCUAGAGGUGACAAUAACAACGCGCAGAACGUUUCCUCGUCGACGAAUAAUAUCGCGACUGUUACCACAACCACCACCAGUACCAAUAACAUAACUUCUUCGGUCAGCGGAAGCCGUUUCGGUAAUACCGCCUUGUCUUUGAUAAGGACUACCAGUGUGAUUAUGGCGGGACCAUCCACGUCUUCCUGGAACAAUUCCGCGGAGGAGGAAUUAGAUUACAUCGUUGAUCCAGUUCAAGGAAAUGCCUAUUACAAGGGACAGCUUCUCGGCAAGGGUGGAUUCGCUAAAGUUUUCUUGAUGACUGAUGUCAGUAACGGCAAUGAAUAUGCUUGCAAAAUUAUUCGAAAGAAUCGAAUGCAAAAGAUUCAUAUGCAGAAGAUUGCACGUGAGAUUAUGAUCCACAAAGAGCUGAAUCACGUGAAUGUUGUCCAGCUGCAUCACUACUUCGAGGAUAACCUUAACGUGUACAUGCUUCUGGAAGCUUGUCCUCGAAAGAGCUUGAUGCAUGUACUGAAGUACCGCGGCAAAGUCACGGAGCCGGAAGCACGCUAUUACAUGAAACAAAUGGUAACAGGUGUUGCGUAUAUUCACUCUCAGAAAGUUGUUCAUCGAGAUUUGAAGCCAGGUAACAUGUUCCUAUCGGAUCGUAUGAUUGUCAAGAUCGGGGAUUUUGGACUGGCGACAAGGCUCGACGGACAGUGCAGACGAGUGACGAUAUGCGGAACACCGAAUUACAUUGCGCCGGAAGUGUUGUAUAAGCAAGCGUACAGUUAUGAGGCGGAUGUUUGGGCGCUCGGAUGCAUACUUUACGCCUUAUUGGUAGGCCAGCCACCUUUCGACACAGCGUCACUGAAGGAAACUUAUGCUAGAAUAUGUAACAAUCAUUACCGAGAAGUUGACGAUUCAAUAGCAAGUCGAAACGGGCAAGAUCUCAUCAAAUGGCUUCUUCAGCCGAAUCCUGAACUCAGACCGUCUUUGGAAAGAGUGAAGGAACACGCUUAUCUCACUGAGGAAUAUGUGCCAGCCUCGUUACCUCGCAUUUCUUGUUUCCAAAAACCACGUGCCUCUGUAAUCGAUCCUGUGUCGAACUCACCUUCGUCGAACUCUCUGAUAUCUAGGAAUCAAAAACUUAACAAUAUUCAGAUUCAUACAAUCCAACAAUCUCAACAUCAGGAUCAGCAACAACAACAACAACAACAACAACAACAACAACAGCAGCAGCAUCAAGCAAACCUUUCCGAAAAAAGUUUACGGAAAGGAUCAAAAGUGAUCCGUUGGUUAGCCAGAAAGCUUCGAAAAGUGCCAAAAUUUAGACAAAGAUUGAGUAGCGUACUUUGUCCAGAUCAGAAAAAAAUAGGAUACACGGCACAGAGUAUGCAAAUGCAUCAAGCGCUGGAAAACUGUAUCACAGAGAUAAAGUGUAAAAACAAGCUGCGAAAUCAUCCACCUGUAAGAGAUGUCGUGCCCCUGUUCAUCACUAAAUGGAUCGAUUACUCUAACAAAUAUGGCUUAGGUUUUCAACUUUCUGAUAAAUCUGUCGGUAUUUUAUUCAACGAUCAUACAAAAAUUAGCUACACACAUGAUAGAAGAAGAGUGGAGUACGUGACAACCGACGAUGAAAUAACAAGGUAUCAUAAAGAGCAAGAUGUUCCAGCUGCUUUACAAAAGAAACUUAUAUUAUUGCAACGUUUUACGCAAUACAUGGACAAAUUUAUGACUGAAGGUGGUGAAAUUAAAAAACAUCGAGUUGCACUAAAACGGUCAAAAAACGUUUGUGUACCGCGAAUGAGAAGAUGGUUAAGAACUGAUAAGACUAUUAUGAUGGAACUGUCAAUACCUCUCUUGCAAGUGAAUUUCUUCGAGGAUCAUACAAAAUUAGUAGUUUCGCAAGAAUCCCCGAACAAAGGAUAUUUAAUUACAUACAUCGAUACUAGUAGACAUACAUCUUCAUAUUGGUUGAACGAUAUACGCGAUAUUGGCUGUACAGCAGAUCUCUACGAGCGUUUAUAUUAUGUUUACAAAGUAUCGAGAGAAUUUGCAGAAAUGCAUAAUAACACGAUUGCUUGAUCAAAACUAUAUCAAUAAUAGAUUUCGUAUAGAAUUGAAGUUUAUUCAAUUCUAUACGAAAUAUAUAUAUUUGUUUCGUUAGCUGCACUCGUUUCGUUUUUUGAAUAUAUUUCUUUAGUCUUCAUUUUAAAACUUAUAAAAGGUGAUUCAUUCACGAAUGCAGAAAAAUUGUUCAAAAAAAAUGUUCAAAAAUGAUUUACUGAUUUACUUUAAUGUAAGGCUUGUUUAGGUUUACAUAUUCGGAUUAUAUUAAUAUAUACGAAAUUAAUACGCCCUUAUUGUUAAU